UCUGAAGAUACUAAAAUAUGGCUCAUGAGCGUUCGCCAUCUGCCGAGGCGGAAAAAGAUGGGAAGGAUGGCAAAGAAUCGUCGACGAAAGAUGUGAAGCCAAAAGUUAGCUCCUCGUCGAAUUCGAAUCGUGGUCGAGAGCGUGACCGCAGAAGACGCGGUUCAGCGUCAUCCAGCAGCGAUAGCAGCGGCAGUUCGUCAGACAGCAGCUCUUCUCGAAGUAGCUCGGGAUCGGGAUCACGCUCUAGCUCUUCUAGUUCCAGUGGUUCAUCCUCUUCUUCUUCGUCAUCAUCAAGCGAUUCUGAACGCGGCGUUAACAACCGACGUCGUGGUGGUGGGGGAAACUCAAAUGCAGCUCGUAAGAGUGGUUCGCGCUCUCCGCGUCGCUCUAAAUCGCCCCGUGCCACGAGCAAGAUUCGCAAGGACAAGUCUCGUUCCAAGGAUCGGGAACGCGACCGUGAACGCAAUGAGCGCGAUCGUGAUAGAGACAGAGAGCGAAAUGAACGCGAUCGACGGCGAUCGCGGACACGCUCGCGUUCCAAAGAUCGGGAUCGUGCACGACGUACAUCAAACGAUAGAGGUGGUGCAGGUGGAGGUGGCGGUGGUGGAGGAGAUGGCGCAGCUGCCAAGCGCGAACGUUCAAAAGAACGCGAUCGCCGUUCCCGCUCACGCUCGGGGUCACGAUCUCCACGUCGCCGUGUUCGCAGCUCCGGUGAACGCAGUCCGCCGGCCAAGCGACGAGAUCGGACCCGCUCGCGAUCGGCCACUCCAAAGCCGACGCGUAUUCAUGUUGGUCGAUUAACCCGCAACGUAACCAAGGAACAUGUCAUCGAAAUUUUCAGUUGCUUUGGUGAGGUUAAAAAUGUUGAAUUCCCGACGGACCGCUAUCAUCCUUCUUUCGGACGUGGCAUGGCAUAUGUGGAGUAUGCUACGCCGGAAGAAUGUGAGACGGCUAUGAAACAGAUGGAUGGCGGGCAAAUUGACGGUCAAGAGGUUACUGUAUCGCCGGUACAAGCACUAAAAAUUCGUCCUCCUGUUAGGCGCCCUUCACUCACAAUGCGACGUCCAGCUGGUCGCUGGCGCUCACCGCCGAUGUUUAACCGAUUUAAUAAUCGCGGAAGGCGUUCGCCUCCCCGCGGCAGGCGUUCGCCUCGGCGCCGAUCACGAUCACCUAUUCGUCGACGCCGGCGCAGUAAUAGCUCAGACAGCUCACGUUAAUAUUCGUGCACAAGGACGAUCAAUGCAAGUUUUAAAAAGGAAACCUGAGGGCAAAUAAGGAUAUAUCCAGUACUUGCUAAUAAAAUGUUAUUAUUUAAAUUUA